AUGAUCCGACAAUUCUCACGGCUCCGAUCAUGGUUUCCGGCCGGAAAUCAGGCGCAAGUCCCUCGGCACAUCACUGGUGCUGCGUUUCCUCGGCACCUAUACGGUGCUGCGUCUCCUCUUCUUGUCGAGUUUGGACCCAAAUCCUCGGUGUGGUUUGGCUCAGGAGGACGCAAUCUCCUUCCUCACAAUCACAAAAGCUUGCAUCGAUAUUGCUUUAUCUCAUACAAGCUCACAAAUCUCCAUCAAGCUUUCUUUGGCAAAUUGAUUGCUCCAGAACAUGAAAGAAAAAGAUCCAAGCCCCUGCAACUCCCUCCGGUGGAUCAAGAGAUGAUUCGGAAGAAAUUCGACAAGACUUUGGUGGGUCGUGUUCUGAACCUGGAGGUUCAAGAGAGCCGUGUCAAGGCUUUAAUUGGUUGUUUACCGACGGUGUGGAAGUGUGAGGGUCGUGUUCAAGGAAUUGAGAUGGGAAGAGGGAAGUUUCACUUCCGCCAGCAUUGUGAUGAUCGUACAGUGAAGCGCAUCAGAGAGGAUCUGGGUGAGCUGCUGGAAUGGAGGGUUGUGGAACCAUACCCGCUCCUUCGGGUGAUGGUUGAAUGUGAUGCUCCUCUCAUAUUGCAUCGAGAGACAGUCUCGGACACUGGAGAGCUGUUCCAGAUUUGUUUCGAUUACAUGAAGAUCCAAAACUAUUGGAAGUGCUGUUAUCGUUUGACUCAUGAAACGAGAGUGUGCCCAGAGCGUUUGGGUGCCCAAAUGCAUCACCGUCAGCCAUAUCAGAGACGGGAGACAGAAGACGAAAGAAGACGGUGGAGAGGGGCUCGAGCGGAGGAGGCUGUCCGACCAGGCAUCAAUCGCGAGCCAAUCAACACGGUUGUGAAACACAAUCCGAAAGACAUGGCCUACACGUCUAAGUGA